AUGGCUGCAACGAUACCAUCAUCGGGCGUUGCGCUCAACAGAAUGCUGGCCCUUGGUUUGACGCUGGUCGUCAUCCUGGGCAUCGCCAUUAACCAGCUUCAAUUCGGCGACGACCCAUAUCGCUGCAAGGCUUUGCUAAAUGACGGCAACUGGCUUGAUACACCUGCGGAAAAUGGAAGUAGGGCGCCGUUCAACAACUGGCAACCUCAAGGAUGCAUGCUGCACAAGUACAAGAAGGAGGAGAUUGAGCAAUGCAUGGAGGGAAGACACAUGCUGUUUGUUGGCGACUCUACGACUCGCCAGGUCUUUUACGGCAUGGCUCGUCUGCUCGACGCUGAAAAGGCCGAGCAAGUCCGCGCCAAGAGCAAGAAGCACGAGAGCCACGACGAAGAAUUCGCCGGCAUCCGCCUCAAGGAAAUCUGGGAUCCCUUUGGCAACGAGUCCGACAUCGUCCGCGACGAACUCACCCUCUACCACCAAGAAAAGCUCAACCAAGUCCCCGUUGAGGAACAAAAAGGCCCCGCCGUCGCCUUUGUUGGCAUGGGUGUCUGGUUCGCCGCCCGCUUCGAGAAGGAAGAGUCUCUUCCCAAGUUCCAGUCCGCCUUCGCCAACAUCUCCGAGCUCGUCUCCCACAAGGACUUUGCGCCUUUCGGCAACCGACCUAUUGAUCCCCGCGAUGGCGUUGGCAAUGAGAUGUUCUUUGCGCCCGUUGCCCCUCCAUUCUACGAUGAGCUUCCCGAGUACCGCAAGACUGGUAUCGCUUCCGUGCCUGGUGAGGUUGAGGCUAUUGAUGAGUUUCUCAAGACACAAGAGGAGGAGUCCGGUAUUCCUAUGCUGUGGUCUUACCCCGCUCUGCAGUACGAGCAGAAGGAUGCUAUCGGCGACCAUGAAAAUGGUUUCCAUGUUACUGACCAGGUCGCUGAGAUGAAGGCCCAGAUCCUUCUUAACCUUCGCUGCAACGCCAAGCUCGACAUGCAGAACUCGUACCCCUACGACCGCACCUGCUGCACUAACUACGGCCAGAAGUCCUGGGUCCAGAUCGUUCUCGUCACUCUGGGUAUGAUGUACGUCGGCGGUGCUGCCAUCACCGAGAUCUUCGCCCUCCGAUCCAGCGAGGCUCCCAAGACCACCCUCUUCAACCUCGACGUCGCUACCUUCAUCACCGGCCUUCUCGCCUGCUACUGGGCCGACCGAACCCAGUCCUUCGCCAAGGGCUCCAAGGAGUACAACAUGUUUGACUUUAACCUCAUGUCUGCCAUCUGCUUUAUCAUUGGCUUUGCUCUCAUGACCAAGUCCAAGCCUCCUCCUCCCCGACCUGGUGCUGCCGCCGCCGCUGCUGCCCCCGCGACUCUCGACGAUGCGAAGCCUUUGUCGCGUGAUCAGACUGAUGAGUGGAAGGGUUGGAUGCAAGCUCUCAUCCUCGUGUAUCACUGGACCGGUGCCUCUCGCGACCUGAACAUCUACGUCGGUAUCCGUCUCUUGGUCGCUGCGUAUCUCUUCCAGACUGGUUUCGGCCAUGGUGUAUUCUUCAGCUCCAAGAAGGACUUCUCUUUCAAGCGUGUCGCAGCCGUGCUCCUCCGCCUCAACCUUCUCAGCUGCGCUCUGCCUUUCUUCAUGAACACCGACUACAUGUUCUACUACUUCGCUCCUCUUGUCAGCUUCUGGUUCCUCAUCAUCUACGCCCUCUUCGCCAUUUGCCCCAAGUACAACGACAACACCUGGGCUCUCAUGGCCAAGAUCGGUAUCUCUGCUGCUAUCUGCCCUGGUGCUAUGCUCUGGACGCCUGUCCUCCAGUGGGUCUUUGAUGCCUUGAACAUUGUCUUCCGAAUUGAAUGGGAUCUCCACGAGUGGCAGUUCCGUCUCGGCCUCGACGGUCUCAUCGUCUACGUCGGUAUCAUCAUGGGUAUCGCUUCCGUCCGCACCAAGAUCUACAACAAGAUCCUCACUCAGUCUUACGGUCUGGCCGGUAUCGCUGGUAUUCUCUCUAUUCCUCUGUACUGGUGGAUCGCUGUUAGCAAGGCCGAGAAGAAGCAGGACUACACUGCUCUGCACCCCAUCUUCUCCUUCAUCCCCAUCAUGGGCUUCAUCGCCGCCCGCAACAUGUUCCCCGCUGCCCGAACCUGGUACUCUCGAUCUUUCGCCUGGAUCGGUCGCUGCUCGCUCGAGACCUUUACCCUCCAAUUCCAUAUCCUCCUCGCCGCCGACACCAAGGGUCUCCUGUUGCUCGAUAUCUUCAAGGGUGACGGUAGCCUUCUCUGCGACCGAUGGAGGUCUCUGAUCAUCAUUGUUCCCGUCUUCUUGUGGCUCAGCUCUCGCGUCGCUGAUGCGACCGGUGGUCUGGUCAAGCUCUUGACCAUUGACUGGGUCCCCGAGGACCAAGAGGAGCAAUACGAUGUUGAGGCCAAGGCUGAUGCUGAGCCCUUGAUGGGUGGUAGCAUGCUAUCGCCAUUCACCCGCCACAUGCCUUCCACAUCAUCGUGGGCCAACAACCUCAAGGUCCGCAUGGUUGGCCUACUUGUCCUCCUCUGGGCAUUGAACUUGUUCUACUAG